GUUCAUCGCUGGAGUGAGUUUAAAAGGCUAGCUGGAUAGUGGUAUCGAGGUAUCUAUAUCGUUGACACAAGAGAGAGACAAGACAAAGCAGAACAAUUCUAUGAACCAGACUGAAACACCUCUUGAUACUUCACGUACAGUAUGUCAACCAGAACAAACCUCGUACUUUGAAGACAUUAUCUAUGAAGAACCAACUUCAAGGGUUCAUUCGCGUGUCACAAAGAAGACCGAAGGUGAAGAGGUCGAGGAUGAGCUAAGAAGUAUCUCUUCCAAUUCCACCAUUGGUAACAAUGUGCAAGAUACCCGUGGUGAUAUGCUGGGUAUGGAUAACGACCUUGAAUUCCCAGAAGGUGGCUUAAAGGCAUAUACGGUGGUCUUCGGUUCAUUUAUGGGAUUAAUUGCGGCAUUUGGGUUGUUGAACACUUAUGGUAUCAUUGAGACAUAUGUCAGUGAACAUCAACUGUCAGAUGUCCCAUCGUCUUCAGUUGCAUGGGUGUUUUCGAUUUUCGGAUUCAUCAGUUUCUUAACGUCGAUUAUAUCAGGUACCUAUUUUGACAGGAACGGGGCUCGUCGUCCUCUCAUAAUCGGUGGUAUUUGUACCUUUGUCGGAAUGAUGUGCUUGGGAAACUGUACAGAAAUUUGGCAGUUAGUGUUGUCAUUUUCCAUCCUUGUUGGUAUUGGUAGUGGUUUCACUGGCCCUCCUUGUCUUGGUGUCGUGGCACAGUAUUUCCACAAACGCAGAGGGUUCAUGUGCUCCAUCGCAAGUACAGGUGGAAGUGUUGGUGGUAUAGUAUUCCCUAUUAUGAUGCGUAAGCUUUUUGAAGAGGUGAGUUAUGCAUGGGCUAUUAGAAUCUUUGCCUUCAUCCUAGGCUUUUGUUACAUCGUUGCCAUUAUUCUCAUGGAAGAGAGAUUACCAAGAAAGACAGCAGAGUGUGGAACAUGGCAAAAUAUUUUAUCAUACAUCACAGCAUUCGACCUAAAAGGUCUGAAACAGCUCGACUUCCUCUUUGUUUGCCUUGCGUGUACCUUUGCCGAGUGUGGUGUGCUUAUAAUGGGUACUUAUCAAGCUUCCUUUGCACGUGCACAUGGUUAUUCAUUAUCAACAGCCUAUUUGCUGCUCUCAGUAACACACAUAGGAGGUAUUCCGGGACGUUGGAUCAGUGGAUACAUGAGCGAUGUUGUUGGAAGAUUCAAUAUCAUCAUUGUGACUACCAUCUGUUCUAGUAUUGUUGCAGUGACAACACUAAUACCGUUUGGAGAUAGAAAAUCUGCACUCUUUGUAUUCUCAGUGCUUUGGGGUUUUAUGACAGGGUCAGUGUUCCCGUUGCUACCUGUCUGUUGUGCACAGAUUUCAAAGACUGAGGAUUUUGGAAGACGUUACGGUACAAUGUACUUCAUCGUUGCAUUUGGUGUCUUGAUCGCCAUUCCAAUCUCUGGAGCAAUCAUUGGAGAUGGAUCAGAAAUUGGUUAUAGAAACAUGGUUAUCCAUUCCGCAUUGACAAUCUUUGGCUCCGGAUUAAUUUACUUUUUAGCCAAAUGUAUUAGAGUACGUGGUAAAAUAUUUACAAAGUAUUAAUGAAUUAGCUUCACUCAUGUCGC